AUGGCAACUUCUAUAAUCAAGUUGCACACGCUUUCGGGGGCUGGUGAUAAUGGUUCACCUUGUUACUUACUUCAGGUAGAUGAGUUUCACUGUCUUCUUGACUGUGGUUGGUGUGAGAAACUGGAUAGUGACUAUGUGAAAGAGGUAUCAAAGUGGGCUAAGCAUGUUGAUGCCGUGCUUCUUAGUCAUCAAAGUUUAAGACACCUCGGGUUGCUUCCAUAUCUUGUUGGGACGUGUGGACUUAACUGUCCGGUGUAUGCCACGACUCCUGUUUACAAAAUGGGACAAAUGUUUUUGUAUGAUUUUUUCCAGUCAAGACAUGCUUCUGAGGACUUUAGCCACUACACGUUAGAUGAUGUUGAUCUAGCCUUCGAUCAUGUGCAUCAAGUUAAGUAUCAGCAAACAAUCAGUCUUCAUGGUCGUGGCCAUGGUUUAUGUAUAACCCCACUUCCUUCUGGUCACACACUUGGAGGAACAAUUUGGAAACUAGUUAAAGAGGACACAAGUAUAGUUUACGCUUUGGAUUUCAACCAUAAAAAGGAGAGACACUUAAAUGGAGCUACCUUUGAUGCUUGCAUACGACCACACUUACUAAUUAUGGAUGGCUCGAACACCUUAUAUACUCAGCCUAGGAGAAAAGAUCGUGAUGAAAAUCUACGUCAGACAGUUUUGAAAAGUUUAAGGCGUGGUGGAAAUGUACUUAUUGCCGUGGAUACCGCUGGAAGGUGUCUUGAAGUAGCCCAUUUUUUAGAACAAUGUUGGCUAAACCAGGAAUCUGGCCUAAUGGCUUAUGGAUUGGCGAUGCUAAGUUAUGUAGCUUUAAAUGUUGUGGAUUUUGCAAAGUCAAUGGUUGAGUGGAUGUCCGAAAAAGUAAUGCGAUCUUUUGAGGAUCAACGGAGUAAUCCGUUUCAUUUCCGACAUAUGCAGUUGUGUCACACGUUAGAACAGUUAGAUGCUGUUUCAGAGCCUAAAGUUGUUCUUUCAUCACUUUCUGAUCUUAGUUGUGGAUUUUCUCGUCAGUUGUUCGCUGAGUGGGCCGAUAACGACUUAAACACAAUAAUUCUAACUUCCCAAGAAUCUGUUAUCACUGGAGUUGAUGAGUCGUCUAGUCAAAGUUUAAUAUCACGGCUUAUCGGGUUAGCAAGAAAAGAUAAUGAUGCACUGAAAGAUCUGCCUACGAGCUCAACUGGGACUUCAAUUCUUCCUCUAACACUAUCACAGCGAGUAUCGUGUUCACAAGCAGACCGAUCUGGGUCCGACAUUCCACAUUUGAAAAACGCAGCUAAAGGUUUUUCUUUCUCUCAAAACACAAACUCAACGAUUAGUGAUGCAUGUGACGAGCUCAAUUCUGAAACAGAACCUGGAAACAUAAAUGCCACCUUUACAGACAUCCCGAUGCCAUCGGCAAGUGAUAUUACUCAUAGUGAUGUUUCACCACAAGUUGCCGAAGGAAUCCUUGAGAAGCAACCAUCCUGUGAUUCUGAAUUGGAAAAUGAAUCAACAUGUGGUUCGAAUCGUCCAUAUGGUUCAGAGGAAGGUACUCACGUUGAAAAAUCAAAAUCAAUCUCUCUUACGUUGUCCGUACCAAGAGAUCAUUCGAAGAAAACAAUUGUUCCAAGCAAUACAACUAAGUUAUUUCCUAAGACUUGUAUACCUUUAAAUAUGGAACAAUUUGGAGUCACAAACCUUCACUUAACUUCUGGACGGCAUCAAGCUGGAUAUGACAUAUAUCCAGGGCUUCAUAACCAAGCUGGUGGGCAGUUUUUUCGUGUGGCUAAACGAACUCAAUUGCUGUUCCCUCAAAAUGAAAAGAAGAUUCACUGGGACGAAUAUGGAGCACAUCUUGAUCCAGAGUUGUUCACUUCAACAGAACCAGUUUCCAGUCAGGCAGCAUUGCCGAAUUGGGAUAUCAAAAGUAAAGACACAAAAACCACUUCAGAUAUUGUCUCAUCGGGUUUUGCAUCUACGUCAAUACUGGAUUAUUUGGUCGCAAGAACUCCAACUUUUGACGUUUUGGAUUCUAAUACUCGUUGUGUAACCCAUCAUUUGGAAAUACCUCUACGAUGUGAAGUUGUAUUUUUGGAUUAUGAAGGUCGAUCAGAUGGGGAAGCUAUGAAACGUAUUCUAAUUGGUCUAAGACCACAGGAAAUAAUUUUAGUUGGUAACAAUGCACCGGCUAUUGAUCAUUUAGCAAAUUAUUGUCGCGGUGUUAUGCUGUUAGAUCCCAACUACAUACAUAUUCCUCAUCCACGAGAAAUUGUGAAUUGUACAAAAGAAGGAGAUAUUUAUCAGGCAAGAAUGAAAGACAGUUUAGUUUCUAGUUUGAAAUUCACGAAAAUACGCGAUUAUGAAUUAGCUUGGGUUGAAGCAACUGUAUCGCUCGAUGAUAAAUUUGAUUAUCAUAUUAAGGAAAAAAGCAACAAUAAUAAUACUGAAAACAAUGGUGAUGUGGAAAUGUCCACUGGAAAUAAUUUAGAAUUGAGAAGUCGAACACCACUGGCUGCUGAUCAGUUACCAGUUCUCAGUCUUCCUACUGGCCCUAUUGGACAACAUAAAACGGUUUUUGUAAAUGAACCAAAGUUAUCCGAUUUGAAACAACUCUUAUUAUCACAAGGUUUAAUGGCAGAAUUUGUCAGUGGUAUAUUAGUAGUAGAUAAUUGUGUUGCAAUUAAACGAUCUGAAGCAGACUUUUGA